AUGCAGAAAGCGCAGACACAGCUCACUGUGGAGAAUAUGUACCCUAUAGAUACCUCAGCAACAGCGCCAAGUGGUGACGCACGGCAGCCUGCCAGCAGCGUCACCAACAAGUUUGGCUCCGACUACUGGUCGACAGAUUAUGACACUGGUCGUCUCCUAGCCUUUGCCUGCACUGGCAUGUAUGGGUGCGGUGGUAAAGAUGAGGACAGUAGCAAGGUGGAGAGGACGGCACUGGUGUACUGGGAUAUUCUGGGCUACAUACAAGAUGAUGUUAUUCCGUGUGUGCUAAUGGCGGGGAGUGACUCCUCGAACAGCCCUGGGCUCGUCCUCUCCUGCAUACUAGAUAGCGUGGUGUCAGCUUUGGUGUUGCCCUUGCAUCGGUGGACUAGUCUCAAGAGACUGGAAACACAUGCGACUAAGUAUAACCUAUUGCCGCCUCCCCAGGCUGCGAAUGUCCCUAAUCGGCCGACCAGGAACUACCUGCAGAUCAUGGUCAUCAAGAUCAUCACUAGACUCUGCCUGGUGUCGGACAGAGCGUUGAGCCAGAGUAUGUGUAUGCGGUAUAAGGAUGUGGUGUUGAAUAAGACGGAGAACUUCCAUCCAACAGCGACCUUCACAGAGGCAGCAGCAGCAGCUACUACCGCUAUACCUCCUCCCGGGCGAGGUGCCGCGAGCCCCUACGACUACCCCCCUGGAUACGGCCCUAAUGCGGCCCCUAAUGUCGUUACGCUCUUCCUCUCACUGGAGUAUGCCGCUGUGCUCGACAUGUGUACGUGUAUGGUCACUCGAUUACCCCAAGGCGAGGCUGCGGUCAAGCAGUUCGUACAGAAGCUGGAGCAUCAUCACAACCCUUGGUUCAACGUAGCCAAUAUGCACGACCAUCUGCGGAAGAUCCUCAAAGCGGUCCGUCAGAGUGCCAUUUCGGGGACCUUGCAGACAUCGGCUGAGGACGAGGCGUCAGAGGGGGUGCUCUUGGUGGCGCCCGCCCUCAUGCGUAUACUGUCGGCUUGUGCUGAUGUCGGCGAGGGCGCUGUCACAUCGUGGCAAGGCGGAGCCACUCUGGUUGAAGUCUUGACUGGUGCACCUCCUUAUUCUGUACUGGCUCGCAAUGAGGUAACGAUCGCUUGCCUCACCGGGUUGGCCUAUGCUAGACCUAGAGGAGUGGACACUGCCGCCCAUGCUAGAGCGGUACUCCAAGCUAUCAUACAGCGGACGACUUUGCUCAACUCCUUGCCUUCACCGGACAAUGGGGAGUCCCCAUCAGAGGUUUCAGCGGCUCUCGUCAGGCUCAUCACGUCACUCUUCCAACGCCUGCCGGAGUCUCAACGAUGGUCCCCUGGGCAGCAAGCGGAGGCGUGGGUGAAAGUCUCGGACCAUGUGGUCAAUCGGCUCCUAUCUACUCGAGGGAAGUCCUCUGAUGAGGUGCAACUCCUGUCUAUGAGGUGGCUCUUGCGGAUGAUCCUAGCGCCCUCCCAAGAGACCGAGGCAUUCGUCUACGUCACCCGAUGCCUGCUAGCUCUGGAGUCGCCGGUCUUCGCUGGGGUUGCUGCUGCUAUCACUUCGAAAAAUACGGCACUGUCCGAGACCGCUGUCGAGCUCAUUGCGGCUUGUCUUGAGCGAGACCCUCGUAAUGUACCAGAAUGUGUCCCCGCGCAUAAGCAGGUGGUGCUUGCCAAGACCCCUGAUGGUGUGCCCCUGUUGGCCCACCUCCUACAGAGUCGUCAAGCUAGCAGUAGGGCUGGUCUCGCCAUCCUCUCGACCAUGUGCGCCAGGGCCCCCAAUGCUAUCAGGGCCAUAUUCGCCCUGCACCCCUCAAUGCCGAGACAAGCCUCUCUGGCUCUAGGCAGGAUACUCCUAUCGUCAGGGACACCAUCGGUCUAUGACUCUGCUGGGGAGGUGCUGCGAUAUGACUCGCUGCUCCCCAUAUGCUGCAUUACCAGUCUGUGCCGUUAUGAUGCACGAUAUGACCUCCCUCGGUUACUGCUACUACGGGAGGUUGCCAGGCAGGUCGACCAGCGCCCGCUCGUGCCGAGUGGGGAAGGCUUGGUCCGUUACGUCGAUCGCUGCGUCCGGUGGAGUCCAAGCAGACUGCAAGCCUUCGGCAAGCUGAGUAACGAUGCCUCGCGGUGGUUGGCGCUUAGUACCCUCAACCGGUGUGAAUCUGAUCUGGCACUACUCUUCCUGACUGGCGGCGAGGAGCAUAUCGCUGAUACUUCCUCUGGGGAGCUCUCGGGCCUGGAUGCACUAUUCUUCCUGCUUGACAAUCCUCCGCCACCUACGGCAUCCUCAGAGGCCAAUGCUCUCUACUCAUAUUUGGUGGAGUGUGUAUGUGGAUUCCUGUCCUCUGGGAAGGGCGCCCUCGAGGGGGCGGUCCUACGGUAUAUCUCCUUUGCUUGGUCAACCCGGUAUGACACACUGCGUACAGCCCUGGAGGGCAAGGACCCCAUCUUUGCAGCAAGGUUACUAGAAGUGUUGGCCGCCGAGCUCUCUCAUUGUGCAAAGGAUGCCAAUGUUGAAGUCUUCCGAGACGUUGCGGCGACUUUCUUAUCAGGGCUGAGUCGUGAUGAUAAACAGCCGCUGCUGCUCUCGUUGAUAGGAAGUCUGCUUCGGGAAGCCGAGAAUUUCAAGAUACCGGAGAUCCCCACAGAGUUCCAGUCUCCAUUGGUCGCGUGUUUGCGCGCUGCUAUAGAGGCGGAUCGUCUCCCGGGUGGUCUGUGUGACCCUGAAAGAUAUCUCGUCAACGUCAUUCGAGAGUUCAAGAUUGACGUCCCACGCACAGGGGAAGAGCUAGAGCCCCCGCUCCUCCGGGGCACGAAGGCCCUUUCGACGCGAGAGAUGUAUCGUCCAGCUUUGGUGCUCCUUGCGACGCACAAUGCACGACAAUCGGUCCUCUUAGGCGCUGAUUUAUUGCAAACAUCCAUCGUUCGAGUGAGACAAGCUGAUCAGCCAACUCUCCACGUGUUAGCCGAGGCGGCUCUUGCCUUGGUUGCCGAGGGCGGCCCUAACCGCUCACCGUAUAUCUUCCCGAUUGUGUCACGACUAAUGUCUCUGCUGUAUGCCCGCUCUACAACCAUCAAUAGCGCCGCGUCAGCUCUGGCAGCUGACGGUCAUGUCGCUCGGCAGACAGCAUCCUCAUCAGGGGUUGUCGCAGCGGAAUGGCUGAGAGGAUUCCUCAAAGCCCUCACGCCACCAAAGUUGCGUGAGCUCUCAGAUACUGUCAUUGAGCAUGCGUAG